UGCUCAUGCACCUUGUGGAUUUUGGAUUUAGUUUCUUGUUUUCUCUUUCAUUUGAUUUCACUUGUUUUCAUUUUCAUUGUAAUUUAUUUGUUCACUUAUUGAGUUUUGUUUCUUCUGAGAUCAUUUUGUGUAUAUAACUGUUUUCAAUUUAUCAACGGAUAACAUCAUCAUUAUCAUCAUCAUUAAAUAUGUUGGAAUCAUUGAUACACUUGUGACUUUGUUUUGUUGAAUGUUUUAAACAUUAAAAUAAACCAUUGGUUCCGCCCCGACUCUCUCAAUGUGUUUGUUAUCUGCAAUGAAUUUCCUAUUACUCUAAUCUUAUUUACUGUUGAUGUUUCUAACAUCAGCAAUUGAGCUUCUCUCUUUCCAAGAGUCACAAAACUGAUGAAUUUUCUCUUAUUUGGUGAUCAAUACCUGACAGUCCAUCGACUGUGAAUAGUGUUUAUAGUUAUUAUAUUUGACAAUCGGACCACCUUCCUAUGUUCAGUUGCUCAACCAAUGCAACAAUCUUGUUUUUGAAUUGUGAUAAAUGUGGCGCAACGGUAAGCGCUUUCCUUGUCCUGAUUGUCAUAAAACAUUCGCAACCCAAGUAGAUCUUAAAGCACAUCUAAUGAGACAUAUCACCCAACAUCCAUAUGUUUGUUUUGCUUGUGGUAAAGGUUUCAAAUAUGAUCACACUUUGGACUUUCAUAUAAAAAGUCAACAUGGUGCAGAGAAUGGAGCCUCCAGUGGAGGUGCUGGCGGCAGUGGUAACAACAAUAUUGGAUCUGGUAAAAAUGAACAAUUUAACUUGAAAUCUUUGAAUCGAAAAAGCUGUAAGAUGAAACGAGAAGUGCCCGAUGAUAAGGCAAGUUUAUUUGGUACAAGUAACGUUGAUGGCCGAAGACUAGUUUCGCAACUGCAAGGUGGUUUAUCAUCACCGCACGAUUUGAUCGUUAAUAACCAUAACAAUGUUCCCUCUAACAACAAUACAACCUCUUCCACGAGUGGAAAGGCUAAUAGUUGUGAUGAUCGUCUAGUUGUCAAUGAGAUUUCCAGUGAUCUGCGUCAUCAUUUAUCUACUAAUCCACUACAAUUGACAGGUUUGAACUUAUCCUCUGGUCCUGUUGGCCUUGGUCUUCUUGAACCAAGUAUCUUGAAUGGACUGAAAUUUCCUAUCGCUUUGAGUUCCUAUCCAUCUGCAUCAUCAAAUUCAUCUCAAUCAUCAUCCAAGUCAAACAACAACACUGUACCAAUUGUACCACCACCAAUACUACCUUCAUCCACAGUGUCAUCAUCACUUGCAUCAUCCACAUUAACAUCAUCACUAUUAACAACUACAACUACAACACCACCUUCACCAUCACCUCUUGUAUCAUCACUGGCACUAUCAUCAUCAUCAUCUUCAUCAUCCACAUCUUCAACACCAAUAUCUUCGACCAACAAAGAGAAACUAAUGAAUUCAUCUCAAAUGUCUUUGAUUGAUUUCGGUUUACAAGGCGAUAUCCUAUCUCCGCGAAAUUUACAAAUUAAAUCAGAAAAGGUAUUGAUAUCCAUUCUCGAAGGUGUUCAUCCAACGAAUGAGCAAUUGUAUUCAUUGUAUAAAUGUUGUUUAUGUGGUUUCGCUUUUCCCAGCCUCGAACCUGUCAGUAUUCAUAUUCAGUCAAUGCAUUCAAACAAUUUAAAUUUAACUUGUGAUAAAUGUGGCGCAACAUUUAAAUGGAAAAGUGAAUUACAGUUACACGAACAAUUGCAUAAAGUGAUGGAUCAGUCUAUCAAUAGUAUAAAUCCAAGUUCAAACAAGUGCAAAUCUCAUCUACAAUUACCACAAGAUUCUCAUCAUUCUCACAGUAAUCAACAGCAUCAAAGAGAGCAACUCUUGCAACACCAACAACAACACCAACACCCCCAACAUCAACAUCAACAUUACCACCAACAAAAACAACAAAAACAGCAGCAACAACAACAACAAUCACGUGCAUUGGUUAUGCCUUCAUUUCUACAACCUAAUUUAGUUUUCAUGAAUCCCUACUUGAGUGGGGAUCAACAAUUAAUAUCAAGGAGACAGUUACAUCAACAUUUUCAAAGUAUUGCAUCAAUGGUGUCAGGAAUAUCCACCAUGACAACGACGACCACUUCAGGACCUGCAUCGACAUCAGGACUUGGGACAGGUUCCGGCUCUGUUUCGUCGUCAUCUUCUUCAGGCAGUAUCAAUGGAAAUGGAAGUGGUUUUUUAAAUGUUGGUGAAGUAGUAGGAGGAGGUGGAGGAAAAAUUCGAGAACCUAUCGGGGAUAUUGAAGAAACAGCCCCUGGUCAGUUCAAGUGUCGUUAUUGUGAGAAAACAUUUGAUCGUAUAUUUUCAGUUCAUCGCCAUGAAAGAGUUCACACAGGGUAUAAACCGUGCAUAUGUAGGGUUUGUGGUCGAGGUUUCAGUGAGAAAAGAAAUCUUCGACAUCAUAUCAUUCGAUUCCAUAGCGAUGGAAGUGGCCGAGAACUUUUGAAAAGAGUUCGCAAAGAAAAGUCGAUAUCGGCAGCAUCAUUUCUAAAGAAAGCUGCUGUUCGUCUUCUCAGCAACUCAAGUUUAGAAGCGAGUGCAAUCGGGGAAGAGGAAAUUGACAAGAAGCAAAGUGAUAAAAACAAUAGUGCUCGUGAUAACGAGGGUCGCCACGAAAUGGCCGAGACCAGAGAGGAGAAGCAAUCUGAUGAAAGGCCUCGGCCUCGGUCUCGGUCAGACGAGAGUACAAGUGCAAAACAAGAAACAGAGAGAGUUGCAAUAACUCUGAUUAUAACGAGAUUGGAUCAGAUGCAAAUGGAGAACCUUAUGUCGAAGAUGGUGACAAAAUGUGUGCAGUUUUUUCAUCUUCUUCAUCGUCCUCAUCUUCUCGUCGUAGAAAAAGCAAACCAAGUAAAAAAAUAACUAAUAUAGAAUCGACUGAGAGAAGUGAUGAGGAGUCCGAAUUAUCUGAAAACAUUGCAAGUCAAUUUGUGAGAAAAGACGAAAAUGAUGAGAAGAUGCAGAUAAAAUAUGAAAAUGAAGAGGAAGAUGGAAAUGAGUAUGGGGGCAGGGAGGGGAAUAAAGACUCGUAUGGAAUAGACGACGAAGAGGAGGACGAAGAGGAAGAAGAAGAG